UUUCUAUUCCCUAAUUCUAAGAAGUCCUUUAGUCUUCACAUGGUUGCAUUUGCGAAAUCGGCUUAAAGAUGUUAAUGAUUCGCUCUUUAGAGUGAGGCCUUUCUCGAUUGCGAUUCCGCGGGAUCCGGAAGUUCCGGACCACAGCAGGGAAACAUUAUGAGCGAUGAAAGUCGAGGACGAAUGGCUUCGAUGGUUGGAUUUUGCAUCGUAAUGAUUAUCUUGCAGGGUCUCUUGCUCAUGAUUCAUCACCCGAAACAUUCACGAUCACUGAGUGGACAAGUAAGUCCAGCAGAACUGUUCGCCGGAGUUACCAUAUUUUGGGCAUCUCAACGUUGUGCUGGAUGGGUUCUGGAGGGAAUGGGAGCGAUUUUGUCUUUUGGACUAUCCGCGUUGGCACCACACCAUGGAGAGCGCCCAGGCAAUCAUAGAUAUGGCGGUCUUCAAAUCGCAGAUGUGCCACUCAGCUCAAUUUGGGAUAGCAUUACAUCUCUAUUUGAACUGGUACUCAUCACUUGGUUCCUCCAUCUCGCGUUGACCUUCGUUCUGGACACCGGCAUACCAUUCUGGCUCGAACUUCGCCAAAGCCCUCAAAAGGCAGCCCAUAAAGUUGACCUACGGCUUAAGGAAAUCCUUAACAUUUUGCAAUCGACCUUUCAACACCCAUUUUCAGGCUUCUUGGUUGAAUUAUCAGAGAGGCUUCGUGACGAAAACUCCAAGGCCAAAGGACAAGCCAUUCAUCUGGAAAGACGCCAAACGGAUUACCCCAGCGCAGGUCAAAGGAGGCUGUCUUGGAAUAUUGCGGUGGAUGAGGAAGCAAUGGAUGAGAUGAAGGAGACACUGGGACCCCCAGGUGGAUUUGGAGAGCUGGGAUUCAAUGUUGCGAAAGAUGGAGUGAGGUUUGAAGCGAUGGGUGUAGGGACAAGCUUUAACUUGAUGUUCAAGUUGAGAGAGGAUGAGGACGCAGGACUUGAAAGGGAGACGAGGGGAAAGCAAGAAUAGAUGAUGUGGCCUAAACUUUGUAGUAAACACGCUCAAACAAUCGAACAGAAGUAUCACUAGUAGUAGAUCCACUCAUUUGGUGAUCAUCAUGCCGGUCUGAUUCACCGUCUUCAAUCCCAACUUCAGCGAACGAACUCUCCCACCACGGACGAGAGUAAUGAAGGAGAGAUCCUCCGGCCUUGAGGCUCUCCUCUUCAAAUCCUCGACCUUCUCCUUCAACUCAUCCUUUGCUUCCUCCUUCGCCUCCUUCUUUGCCACAACUUCCGGCGCUAGCUUUCGCCUCCAUAUC